AUCCCCGCCCCACCGGCACUGACCCCCAGAGCAGACACCCGCCAUUUUCCCGCCGGCUGCGGGGCGGUACUUCCGGCCGCUUCCGCUUCCGCUGCCCUUGCUGCCGGCAGGAGGUGAAGGGACCAAGAGCCGAGAUGUGGCGGAACCUGCUGAGUCUUCGCCAAGUUUCCCAGAGGACCAUAAGCACUGCUUCACGCAGGCCGCUGGAGAACAGAGUUGCUGAGAAGCAGAAGCUCUUCCAGGAAGAUAACGGCCUCCCCGUCUAUCUUAAAGGUGGGCCGAUGGAUGGUUUGUUGUACAGAGUCACCAUGUGUUUGACAGUUUUUGGAACAGGCUAUGUUCUUUAUGAACUGAUGAUGGCUUCAAUGCCCAAGAAGCAGAAAUGACUCCAAGAUGCCCUAGUGACUAGCAUCUCUUCGUCCAAUUCCAUGUGACCGUGAUGGCAGCUUAUAGUUACUAUAAGCAUCUGGCUUCAUGCUUGAAAUAAUAAUUUAAUUGUAACGUGUUAACUGCAAUCAAUAAAGCAGUUCUGAUGUUGCUUUGA